CGCCUCCGUGCGGAGGUCAGGAAUACUUCCGUGACUGUCGGAUCGGCGAGCAGGCGGCGGUGGCCGCGGUGAGGGGCGGUGUCGGGACUGCGGGGCUUCCCGCAGGUGAUGCUGCAGCCAUGUCAGAUAAGGAUGCUACAGAGACUCCAGCGGUGACCGAAGCAGCCUCGAUCCUUACAGAUGAGAACCGAGAGCCAGUAGAGAAGCCAGAGAAUAAAUGUCAGCCUGCAGUGUCCACCCGGAAAAGACCAGAGACCAGGCCUUCCAGUGACCUGGAGGCCUCGGAACUUCCUGCUCAGCAGGAGACUGCUUCUAAAGAUGCAUCUCAGACGGGAUGGGGCUACUGGGGCAGUUGGGGCAAGUCUCUACUCUCCUCAGCCUCAGCUACAGUAGCUACAGUAGGACAAGGUAUUUCAAAUGUCAUUGAGAAGGCAGAGACUUCUCUUGGGAUUCCUAGCCCCACUGAAAUUUCAGCUGAAGUCAAGCAAGCAGCAGGAGAAACAAGUGCCGCUGAGAAUGGAAGCUUACUAGUGUCUGGGCCAUUCGGGAUGCUCUCGACCAUCUCAACAGCUGUGCAGAGCACGGGCAAAAGCGUUAUCAGUGGAGGUUUGGAUGCCUUGGAAUUCAUUGGGAAGAAGACAAUGGAUGUCAUAGCAGAAGGGGAUCCUGGAUUUAAAAGAACCAAGGGCCUGAUGAUCCGGAAUUCUACACUGUCACAGGUUUUACGAGAGGCAAAGGAUAAAGAAGAGCAGUGGCCUUCCAAUGAAGUAACCAUGGAAACAGACAAGAAAACUCAUUAUGGGCUACUCUUUGAUGAGUUUCAAGGUCUUUCACAUCUAGAAGCUCUGGAGAUGCUUUCCCGAGAAAGUGAAAUAAAGGUGAAAUCUAUCCUUAGUUCUCUGAGUGGAGAAGAACUACAGACAACUAGACUUGAGCUAGAGCAGCUCAAAGAAGCCUUUUCCCUAGCAGAGUUCUGUGAGGAAGAGGAGGAGGAGAGACAAGGGGAUGAAGAUUUUACCAAGGAGAUAACAGAACUGAUUGCUCAGCUUCAUGUCUCUUCCCGACCAGAGAAACUUGCCAGGGCAAGAAACACAGCCUACGAAUGGAUCAGGACGUCUCUAGCUAAGCCAGUAGCAGAGAAAGAAGAAGGGGAAAAACAGUUGGAGGCAGAAAAUACUGAGGAAGCCCAGAAACAUUCAAUAGAGGACAUCCAUGCAUUUGCAAUCCGGAGCUUAGCAGAGUUGACUGCCUGCUCAAUUGAAUUGUUCCACAAAACAGCAGCGUUGGUUCUGCAUGGCCAGAAGCAGGAGGUGACAGCCUUAGAAAGGAGCCAGACUCUCUCCCAGAUGACAGUCAUGCUGUGUAAAGACCUGGCCUCUCUGUCUAAAGAGUUCACCACCUGCCUGACCACAGCUGGGGUCAAAGAGAAGGCAGAUGUUCUCAACCCGUUAAUCACCGCAGUGUUUCUAGAGGCCUCAAACAGUGCCUCCUACAUUCAAGACGCCUUCCAGCUUCUCCUGCCUGUGCUGCAGAUCUCUCUCAUCGAGAGCAAGACAGAGUCCCCAGAUGUGAGCCACCAGCCCAGAGACCUCUGACAGAGCGCUGAGGAGCAGCGGAGAGGCUGCCUGAGACUGUGAGAGCAGAGACUCUGACUUUGCUCCGGGACGCCCUGCAGCCAGACGGAGACGUAGUCUGAGUGUGUGAGAGCGCAGGCAGGGCGCAGGCAGGGCGCAGGCUCACGGUGCUCGGCUCUCACCGCUCUUCCCAGCCUUAUAAGUAAUACGUUAUUUAAAAAAGCGUAUUCCAGGAAAGUCAGCGGGACAUUCUGGCAGAAAUGCUGGAUUUUCUUACAAAGAUCAGAAAACACUAAAGGCUGGCAUGGAUGUCAUUUACAGCCAGAGGUAUAAUUGUUAAACAGGAGAGAACAAAACCUCAACUUGCUGUCCUGCGGAUUAUGACAUUCUUCGUACCCUGGGUUUUUUCCUUUCCAUAAUAAAGCCGGUGGCUUUUAGAGAGCUGACACUCCAUUGGCCCUCAGGCAGAUGGUCAGACAGAGCUGUCCCCCCUUCACCU